AUGCCCAACGUCGACACGUCUCUCCCGCCCGAGACAACCGGGGCGGCGGCGGACCUGGCCGCGCGCCACGCCGCCGACCACCCGCUCAAGCUAUAUGGCGGUUGGUUCUGUCCAUUCGUGCAGCGCUCCUGGAUCACCCUGGUCGAGAAGCGCAUCCCGCACCAGUACAUCGAGAUCAACCCGUACCGCAAGGAGGCCAGCUUCCUCGCCAUGAACCCGCGCGGCCUGGUCCCGACGCUGGUCGUACCCGUGGACGCGAGUGGCAAGGGCCAGAAGCCGCUGUUCGAGAGCAGCAUCAUCUCCGAAUAUCUCGAAGAAGCGUAUGCGGACGAGAAGCAUGGACCUGCUUUGCUUCCCAAGGAGCCCUACGAGAAGGCCCGGGCGCGGCUGUGGAUCGACCACAUCAGCACGCGCAUCAUCCCGGCCUUUUACAAGCUGCUGCAGCACACGGCCGACAAGCCGUUCAGCAUUGAUGAGGCUCGUGAAGAGCUGCACCGCCAUAUUAGAGCCUUCACGGAGCAGAUGGACCCGAAGGGACCGUGGUUCCUGGGCGAGCAGAUCAGCCUUGUGGACAUAAGCCUGGCACCGUGGGCGAAGCGCCUGUGGCUCAUCGACCACUACAAGCCGGGAGGACUGGGCAUCUCAAAGGACGGAGACGCUGUCUGGAGCCGCUGGAAGACGUGGAUGGAUGCCGUCGAGGGCCGUGAGAGCGUCAAGGCGACUUGGAGUGCUGAUGAGCGCUAUCUUGCGGCGUACAAGAGGUACGCCGAUGAUACCACCAACUCACUUGUCGGGCAGGCCACGAGGCAAGGGAACCGACUUCCGUAG